UCGGAAAAUCGAAGAAGGCAACAAAGAAAUAGGAAAAUAGAAACGAGCAAAAAAAAACAACGGCAGAUAGAUAAAGCGAAAGAAAGAGUUGAAACGAGCGGAUUGUUGUAAAGCGAGUGGCGUACCGCAAAUUGGGAAUGUGCAAAUAUUUAGGGUUGCCAAUGUUUUGAUGGUUGUAUUUGUUUGCUCAAAACUUUUAUUAACUACAGGCCCGAGAAUAUUCAGAAUUAAAAAGUGUUUUGAAGUUUGAAUUUUAUGCUUGGUGCAGUUUUUUCAACAUACAUACAAGUUGAGCUGUUCACAUGAUCAAAUUUGCGCUGAUCGUUACUAUUUUGGCCAAAAGCCAAGAGCGCAUUUUCUUUCCAUUGCUUUUUACUUUUAUUUACAUAAUUAUGACGUUCGCGAAAAACUUUGUCACUACUAUUAACUUUUUGUAAGCGUAUGUUAUUAAUUGGUAAGACGCCCUCGACGUCGUGUGCCAAUGUUUUCUUUCGUACAAAUGAACUUCAGCGCUCUAUCGGUACUUCUGUCAAGAGUGUGGACAUGCAUCUGUUUUAUGUUCAACAGACAAGUUCGCUCGAUUGUACAAUAUCAGCCAGUCAAAUAUGAACUAUUUCCACUGUCGCCGGUGUCAAGGCAUCGGCUUGGAAUUGUACAACGGAAAACACUUGUACUGGAUUUAGAUGAAACACUUAUUCACUCACAUCAUAGCGCUAUGUCGCGAAAUACCGUCAAGCCGGGCACACCACAUGACUUCACGGUCAAAGUAAUAAUUGAUCACCAUCCGGUACGUUUCUUCGUUCAUAAACGCCCGCAUGUGGAUUAUUUUUUGGAUGUGGUUUCACAAUGGUAUGACUUAGUUAUAUUUACAGCCAGUAUGGAAAUAUAUGGAGCAGCGGUUGCUGAUAAACUGGACAACGGACGCAACAUUUUGCGUCGCCGCUAUUACCGUCAGCAUUGUACGCCUGAUUUUAGCUCUUACACCAAAGAUUUAUCUGCUAUCUGCAGUGAUUUGAAUAGAAUUUUCAUAAUUGACAACUCCCCUGGUGCAUACCGUUGUUUUCCCAACAACGCGAUACCAAUCAAGAGUUGGUUCUCUGACCCAAUGGAUGUUGCGUUGCUAUCACUACUUCCAAUGUUGGAUGCGUUGAGGUUUACAAAGGACGUGCGUUCGGUUUUGUCAAGAAAUUUACAUUUGCAUCGUUUAUGGUAGCAGUUUUACAGAUUAAAAAUUUGGUGCUGUGACGCUUAAACGAUUUUUUAGUUUGUUUUAUAUGAUAAGCACUAUAAAUAAAUCAAAAGGAAGGCAAAUACAAAAAACAUAUUUUUUGACAUACAAAAAUAUUUUUGACAUCUUUUUAAUCCUAUCAAGGAGAGAUAGCUUCCACCCCACGCCGGUUUUCCAUAUACGCAUUUUAAGCGUAAUUUAAAUGAAAUUGCUAAUUCAAUAAAUCCGUGGAGAACUUAUUUAAUAUAAUUUGUACAUUAUAUAUAUACUUAAUUUUCUAAAGGAUUUUCCAAUCUGAUGUAUGUAAAUUAUGAUAAAUAUGUGUAUGUGUUUUUGAUUUAAAUAUUAUUUAUUAGUAGAAAUAAUAAAAUAUUCAAUUAGUUUAAGUAUACAUAUACAUACAGUGUUUUUUCAUAAGAAGAAAAAAAAUUAAUGAACGUAUUAAUAUGAACUUUUUGCUUUUGUUGAACGUUAUUUGAUGAUCAAAAUGAAAAACUUAUGUAUGUUAUAAUUUAGCAUUUAACGGCAGCGCAACAGAAUCUAUUUUAAAUGAUCAACACAAUCUAAAACUAAGCAAAUUGAAAUAUCAUAAGGAAAACGAACUAAAUCAAAGUCGUGUAUGUGUGUGUAUUUAGAUUCUAAACGUACACAGAUGCACAGCAGAAGGUAAUAAAAGUAUAAAUAAGAGCUAAUAAGCUGUAAAGAAUGAAAAAUAAAGAAACCAGCAAAGUAUCCUUUUGAUAAUAGCAGUAUUAUCGGAGUCUUGCACGGAUUGCGCGGUAAAAACCGGUUUUCCUAUGGGACAGCCUGGCAGUCUUGUAGGUUUAUCCGUGCACCGUGCAAGGGCUUUGCAAGACUGCGAGAAUUCCGUUAUUAUGUUUUCACGGUAAAAAAAGAAACUAAAAUAAUACCGGCUUUGUCUGGAAAAUGGAGCAAAUUAAAAUAAGAACAAAGUGACUCAGUUAUAAUUUAGAGUAAACUCUACAUAUUGCUCAUUUACUACAAUAGUGUCAUAAUUCCAGAAAAUAUAAAUUUUGAGUUGAGUAUGCAGAAAUUACCGCUUCGUCUACUUCGAAGCUGUAUAAAAAUUUCACAGCUGUUACCAGUAUCUCACUUGAACAAAAUAUGGGUUCAUUUUUACUAUGGGAGUAUACAUAUCGCUAGCCUCUUGUAUUAAAAUAUGAGUCUUCAUAAAGAGUGGACUUAGCAACUUUUCACUCUAAGCUAGCGAUAUGUAAAUUUCGCUUUUGUUGAGUUUGGACAUUUUUGAAGUAAAUGAGCGAUAUGUACAUACAUACAUACAUACAUAUGUAUGUCGAAAAAUUAGAAUGACAAAAAAAUUAGCUUUUAAGUUUGUAGUAAGUGGAGUAGUGUAUAAAACGGAAUAGUUGAUUAAGACGGCCCUUAUAUCAAAGACAGUCUGUCGCAUAAAUGUCUUAUAAACAUCUAACACAAGUUAUGUAGUUUAAAGCAUUUUUGUUUGUACAUUUUUCCUUGAAAUUUAUUGCGAAAUAUGAGUUAUGUGGUUUAUACUUAUCAUUUGCCUAUACAUAAUUGUCAUUAAGCAACAGAUUGUAGAACACUUGCCACCCUAGUAACAAAAAAAAAA